CUCUCUCUCUCUCUCUCUCUCUCUCUCUCUCUCUCUCUUCUUUGUCAACUUCUAUUUCUUUCUCUCUCCUCAUUGCCUUCAAGCAAACCAAGAGAGGAAGGAAGAAGCAAGAAAGAGAUGUGUCCGUUAAGGCUGAUCCUCAUAUUCUUUUCGGCGACUCUUGCUGGGUUCUUUGUCCUCAAGAAGCUCAACAAUUCCUACGACGAUCCCCUCGCCGACCCUCUCACCGACGACGCUGAUCCCGCCGACGCCGACUCCGACUCUGACUCCAGAUUCUCAAAGGUGGGAAUGGCAAUGAAGACUGGAUUUUGGACAUGCGUUGACAUGGCUAGUGGCCGCUAUCUCUGGAACCAUCUCUGUUCCAAUUCCGACAGCUCUUCCUGAUUUUUCUUACUGUCUGUCUCUAUCUCUAUUGUCUGUAACUGUCUAGUUGUUUCAAUGGACAACACCAAAAUCGCAUAUAGUCCUCUGUACUCUAUUACAGAUCUCGUUUUCACCACUAAAUUCUGAGCCUUUUUCUCACUUUCUACCUCUCUUUGUAGCUUAAGUAUGUGUUGUUUGGACAAAUCUUGUUACUUCUUCCCUGUUAUAAAUAAUGUAAGAGCAAGCCAUUGAGAUCAAAACUAUAAUUAUAUGGCAGGAUGUUGUUACC